ACAAAAUAUGGCAGAUCAUGAACUUCAAAGCAAAUUUUUCAUUUUUUAAGUUGUGGGCAUUUUUCUUCACUUCUAAAGGGAUUUUGGUAUUACUCCUGUUAGAAAAUUACAGGCUUCAUAAGAAAAGCGUUUUUAAGUAUUAGUUACUAUUAUUCAGAUAAAUAUACCGAAAUUGCAUCUAAAAGUUAGUAUUAUGUUUCCUGAGACUGGGGAAAUGUUGUUCAGCCCCAUGAAUUUUUUUAUCAAAUGCCUAUGGCAUUUUCUUUGGGAUUGGAUUCUUUCUAGGCAUUACUGAUGUUGGUGAGAUGCCUUACUGAUGAAUGGGUAUGGACCUUUUUUAAUUGAAGCUGAUUGCAUGUUCUAGUUUUCUGUUCUUGUAUUUAUCUGAAAUUGAGUGGAGUCUUGGAGGGUGUCAGAAUUGUCUGCUCACAAGUAGGAGCUUCAGUAACAGGGCAGAGACACGCAUUAUGGAACAAAGUUCAAUUCGCACAUAUUUGUUUUUUUCUUUUUCUUUUCUUUUUUUUUUGACUAAUUUGGUUAUUUGCCAUUUCUGGGGAUUAAACUUUAAAAAAUGUUCUUCUUUUCUGUAUCUGAUGUUCUGUGUGCUAUUAGUGACGCAGCCAACACGAACGGUUGUCAUGUGUAACACAACUUUCGAUCACCGCGAAAACAGCGUCCUGGGAAAGCGUCCAUGCUUGAUAUCGUUUGGUUCAUGAACAUUAAGUUUCCAGUACAGGUAAAAUCCCAGAGGAAGCCAAAGCCCUUUCUUUACUGGCUCCUGCUCCAACCAUGACCAGCCUGGUGCCUGGUGCAGGAUUGCUUCCCAUACCGACCUCCAGCCCUCUGACGGCAGUGAGUAGUCUUGGUGUUUCGCUUAGCAGUUUGGGAGCCAUACCGGCAGCAGCACUGGACCCCAAUAUUACAACACUUGGAGAGAUCCCACAGCCACCACUUAUGGGAAAUGUGGAUCCUUCAAAAAUUGAUGAAAUUAGGAGAACAGUCUAUGUUGGAAAUUUGAAUUCUCAGACAACGACAGCUGAUCAACUACUUGAAUUUUUUAAACAAGUUGGAGAAGUGAAGUUUGUUCGGAUGGCAGGUGAUGAGACUCAGCCCACUCGGUUUGCUUUUGUGGAAUUUGCAGACCAAAAUUCUGUACCAAGGGCCCUUGCUUUUAAUGGAGUUAUGUUUGGAGACAGGCCACUGAAAAUAAAUCACUCCAACAAUGCAAUAGUAAAGCCUCCUGAGAUGACACCUCAGGCUGCAGCUAAGGAGUUAGAAGAAGUAAUGAAGCGAGUGCGGGAGGCUCAGUCAUUUAUCUCAGCAGCUAUUGAACCAGAGUCUGGAAAGAGCAAUGAAAGGAAAGGCGGUCGAUCCCGUUCGCACACUCGCUCAAAGUCCAGGUCUAGCUCAAAAUCCCACUCUCGAAGGAAGAGGUCGCAGUCCAAGCACAGGAGUAGAUCUCAUAACAGGUCACGUUCAAGGCAGAAAGAUAGACGUAGAUCCAAGAGUCCACAUAAAAAACGCUCUAAGUCUAGGGAGAGGCGGAAAUCAAGGAGUCGUUCACGUUCACGGGACAAGAGAAAAGAUACUCGAGAAAAGGUGAAGGAAAAGGAAAGAGGGAAGGAGAAGGAGAGAGAGAAGGAGAAGGAUCGUGACAAAGACAAGGAACGGGGUAAAAACAAAGACAAAGAUCGAGAGAAGGAGAAGGACCAUGAAAAGGAGCGAGACAAAGACAAGGAAAAGGAACAAGACAAAGACAAGGAGCGGGAAAAAGACAGAUCCAAAGAGGCCGAUGAGAAACGGAAGAAGGAUAAGAAGUCCAGAACACCACCCAGAAGUUACAAUGCAUCAAGAAGAUCUCGUAGUACCAGCAGGGAAAGGCGGCGGCGAAGGAGCAGGAGUUCCUCCAGAUCUCCAAGAACAUCAAAGACUAUAAAAAGGAAGUCUUCCAGGUCUCCAUCUCCCAGGGGCCGAAAUAAGAAAGAUAAAAAGAGAGAAAAAGAACGGGACCACAUCGGUGACAGGAGAGAAAGAGAACGUUCCACAUCCACAAAAAAGAGUUCUAAUGAUCGAGACGGGAAGGAAAAGGUGGAGAAGACCAACACACCAGUUAAGAAGGAACACAGUAAAGAGGCAGAUCCAAGUGUGAGCAAAGAUGCAGAGGAGAAGGACUCACCAAGGACUGAGGAAGAAAACCCAGUACAGCAGAAUGGGAAUUGCCAACCAAAUGAAGAGAGCCUCUGCAGCAAAGCCGACGUGGUGUAGGAUCACCCACUUGCUGCGUCUCUCCCUCCACGGUGGGAUCAAACCCAAAGCUUUCAGUUCGCAACAAGGUGUAAAUGGGGAAGAAACCUACAUGUGGGAACUAACAGCUUUUCCGGCUAUGAGGUGACAUUGUGGACAUCUUGUUACUGAGCGUGGACAUCAUGAAAAUAAUCAGAUGUUACCCGAAUUCACCAUCUUCUGAAGUCUGUGCAUUUCCACGGUGGCUGGCACACUUGUCAUAUGGUCAUUAGUGUUUGCCAAGAAGCAUUGCAAAUAAAUUGAAUGUCACAGAUCCAGAAUUGAACUAUCCCUAAAGACUGGAGAUGAGCGUUGGAGGCUCUUAAAGAAAAUGCUAGUUACUGAAUUUUGUAUUGUUUUACUUUUUUAAGAAAAAUUUUCAAUAUAUACAGUUUGAUGAUGUGCUUGAAAUUUGUGCAAAUAUAUACACACACUCUUGUAAAGUGCAAAGUAUGUAAGAAGUUUUAACAUUUACUUCACAGGACUUAACAGUGAUUAUGGUAAAUUCUCACUAUUGUGUUUUCUUUUGCUCACUGUUUUGGACAUCGUUUUCCUUUAAACCAGUUUUACAGAUUAAAAUUGCUUAAAUAAGUGGAUUACAAACCAACUGACAGUGCAUGCUCCUGUUCUCUUUCCAAAGAAGAGCAGCUGUGUCGAAUACUACUAACACCAUGUCAGUAUUCAGUGUUGAGAAUCAUUGGGUCUGCCACGAAAUGAGCAUUUCUUCUUGAACUUUCUUGACAUUUCCAAGCUCAUGAAUAAUAUUGCAGUGUGUCUUGUCGGCUGUAGGUGGCAAAGAUGCCCUUAUAAAAAAGAAACUGAGUUUUCCAAAUGGGCUAUGGGAGCACAGGCUGAAGCUUUAGUGCCUUCUACAAUGUGUGGUAUACUGUUUUCUAGGAUUUUAUAUGUGCUAGUCAUUCUCAGUCCAUAUGGAAUCCAGAUGGCUGUAUUCUGUUCCCACCUGUUGGGAAGUGUGCGAGGGGUGGGUCAGAAGCGCUUCUUAAGUCAGUUAAGAGAAGGAAGUCCUGUUUACAAGACUUGUGGAGUUUCAAACAACAAUGUAGUUUUGGGACCACCAGUUUUAUACUGUGAUGAUUGAAAAGGAGACAUACUCUUACUUCAAAUCAGAGGAAACCUGUUAGUUGACUUCAUUGGAUGGCCUUAAUAUUACCUCGCAAUCAUAUUCUAAUGAUACAGAAAUUAUACUUAAGGAAGGACUAGGGGCGUACAGAGGUGGUUUUGUGUUUAAUGAUACGCUUAUGCGAGUUUAAGGCACACGGUCAUUCACUGAUCUUAGGCUCAGCUUUUCAUAGAAGGUAUGCAAGUAGUAAAAUGAGAACUUAAUGUUUUUUCUGUAAAACUCUAAAUUCUAGUGAAUGCACUAUUCAUUAUUGUUACAUUUCCAAAACAAAAAACAAAACCCUUAAUUCACAAAUCUUAUUUAAAAGUCAAUUUUAAUUUUAUUUAAGACAACCUAAUACAAUCACAUUACUCAGUUGCCUUACCUCAUGGGAAGGAUUGCUGUCACAGAUUUAAAAAGUCAAGUAGUACUUUAGUUACUUGGUUCCAGCUUGAAUCUUGUUUUCAUAUUAAUACUGUUGAAACUAUAAUUUGAAGAGUGGAAAGGCCCGUUCUGUAAGUCAUAAAGCCUGGUUCGAUUAUGAAGCUGCUUAAUCAUCUUCAGGUGUUCAAAUUACUGUGUGUAUGUGUGUGUGGUUUUUUUUUUUUUUUUUUUUUUUUUUUUUUUUUUUUUGGGUCACUGUGUACAUUAAACUUUUGGAAAAUACUUUACUAUGUAAAGUAUAGAUGGCCUUUUUAAUCUUUUAGCCACAUACGGUUGGCUAGUAACAGCUUAUUCUGAUACAGAAAUGCUUGGGCACCUGUGGAAAGAUUGUGAAGGAGUGUGUCUCGCUUCAACCGCUGUCUUAUUUAUGAUAUGUAAGUAGACUAGAGCAAAUGUUUGAAUCUUUGUUAUUUUUUAGUACCAUUUCUCUAAUAAAGUUCAGUAUUUUAGAGGAAA